AUGGCGUCCGACCACGAUGCCUUCGCCGACUGGCUGAAGACGUUGGCCCCAGAUGAGUUAGCCAAGCUCAAAGCCUUGCAUUCUGCCUCGGCGCAGACGGCAGCCGACACAGCCGUACAGGAUGAUGACGUGGAAGACCUUGAUGAAGCCGACACGGCCCAGCCUUCCCAGACCGAAGCCGACGGAGAAUACCUCCCUAUGGAGGAGCAGCUCAUCGACAUGACGGCCGUCGUCACAGCAGCCACACACCAGCAGCCUUUUCCUCUGCUUUUCUUUGAUCCCGAGGAGCCGACAGGCCGUGCCUUCUGGAGCCAUUCCGCCUCCCACGAAGACCCCACCUGCUUCCAAGCCUUCCCAGCCGCAGCCCUCGGAGAAGCCGCCGCAGCAGAAGCGCCCCCGAAAGUCCCACAGAAUUGGAAGCCGGCGCAGCAAACCUUUCUGCCCGAGUCAGCCAAGGCCCAGUCGGCAGAUCCGACGACCAAAGCCAUGCCACAAGUGCAGCAAUCCCCGCCGCCCAAACCCAAGGCCUCGGAGCCACAGACGGCGCAGGAAACCAGCCAAGCACUGCCCAUCCCGAAAGUUGCCACUGCCACACCCAGCCCACAGCCUUCCCCAGAGCCAGCUUCCAGCAGUUCCGACCAGGCCCCACACUCAGCCUUGCAUGGCCAGACCAGGGAAGGGGUCUUCUUCGAGCCGGAGUUCCUUGCAUCCGACCACAAGCCUACAUACCCUGGCCCUUACCGACCACCCAAGCCUUUUGGACUAGCCGUGAUCUGGGACUCCCGCGCGUGGAUUAAUUUCUAUGGCAGUGAGCCUCCAAAUGCAGCCGUGGAGAUCGACGUCGAGUCCCACUUUUACACGGUCGAGCCAGGACCCACUGAGGAUCAGCCUUCUCAGCCGGGGCCUAGCCAGGAGCAGGAGUCUGAGCCUUCCGGCGAGCCCGUCGACCUCCCGCCCUGCCCACCACUCCCCGAGUGGUUUUCAGCCGAUACGGGGGUGCUCCGCUAUUGGCACUUCGGUGCCACGGAAAAGGGCAACCCCCGCAAUAUGAGCAAGCAGUCG